GGCCCAGUCAGAAGAAUUACAAAUAGGCUACCGGUAUUCCAGGAAUUUAAAGUUGUGAAGCAAUUCUUCUCUGGCCGUAAUGUAUCACAUGUGGAACGGGCAUGUAAAGUGUUGGUCAUGCCACUGAUACUUCUGCUUUUGGCGUGUUAUACAUCAGCGUCGUCAAUAUUAUCACCAGAGCAGGAGUGCUUGCUGGAGGUGGCGGAGCUAAAGCACAGCAUCCGCGGACUGGAGAACAAGCUACUGAUCGGUGCUUGGAAGCUGAACAAAUUGCGAGAACACAGCUACUUCCACCUGUCGCACAGACGGCCGCCCCCGAGACGCAAUGACACCGCCGUGGAACCAACGCUGCUCCCCACCACGUCUGGGAAUCUCAUCGUACAUGAUCGCGACUGUUCGAUGCUGUAUGACAGACUGAAGCCAGCCAGUGGGUUCUACCGAAUUAAACCCAAAACGACACUGGAACCGUUUCUGGUCUUCUGCGACAUGUCUGACGGGGGUGGCUGGACUGUCAUGCAGCAGAGACGAAACGGAAAAGUGGAUUUUAACCGAGACUGGAGUGCGUAUAAAGAUGGAUUUGGGAAUUUUAAAAGAAACAAUGACGAAUUCUGGCUGGGGAAUGAACACAUUUAUGAACUACUCCGAGAAGGUGAAAACCUGAUGAAGAUUGAUUUGAUGGACUGGAAAGGAGAGAGGAACUAUGCCAUGUAUGAAAACUUCAGAAUUGCAGAUGAGGAGGAUAAGUAUCGGCUGCAGUUCGGGAUGUACAGCGGUCGAGCGGGAGAUUCUCUCUCCGGGGGCACAAACAUGGCCGAACAGUGGUCCUCCUGCCACAACAGCAUGCAGUUCAGCACCAGGGACCAGGACCAGGACCGGUACCUGCAGGGCAGCUGUGCGCAGGAGAACCAAGGGGGCUGGUGGUAUAACAGGUGUCACGCGGCCAAUCUGAACGGGCGGUUCCACAGGGGAGGGGAGUACAAGGCCACGCACGAUGACGGCAUCGUGUGGCUGACGUGGCGGGGCCUCUGGUACUCUCUGAGACACACCACCAUGAAGGUGCGUCCACUCCGCUUCAUGGACAGCCUGGGCAGCGGGGCGGGGCCUGAUGAGUAGCCUUCUGACAUCACCAUGAGUGACAGCGGGUCUCACGGGCCUGGCUACAGGGCUGAGUUUCGAGUCGAGUACAGAUCCUCAGUGUACCACUCUAGGGGGAUCCCCGGAAGAAUUAUUAAAAAAACAUUAAAAAAAACAAAACAGUUAAACGGUAGUUACUGGAGAAUUCUAAUGGGAACAUACUUCAGACUACUCAUCAGUAUAUCCCAGUUGUAACAUGAAAUCCCCAUUUUUAUUAUUUGAAAUAGUUUUUGUCAUCAUUUGUUAAUUGUUGUUCAUUUUUGAGGGAGUUGUAACCAACCUAUCCCUUCCAUAAAUUAUGCCCUUGGCAUGUCUGUCACCAUGGCGAUGAUCCAUGGCUGGGUUUUGUAACCUGCGUCACAUUCCACAUAAUGGUGAGUCAAAUUAUGUGGUAAAAAAUAAAUACAUUUGUCCUAGAUUAAUUUGAUAUACUGACACAUAAGUUGCAACAUGUCUCUGUGAAAGGGUUUGUGUGCAGAUUUUUUUUUUUUUUUUUUUUGCCCACAUGGCACAAUCUGAUGAAGAAAUGCAACCCUUAUUGUCCAGCUAAAAUCAAUGUUUUUCUGACAGUUUCAUUUAUGUUUCAUUUAUUUUACCGAAUAUACCCUUGGCAUUUGAGUUGACUUGUAUGACUGCUCUGUAUAUUUUUAACAGCUUAGCAUUUUUUGGGACAGUUAAUAUAUGGAUUUUGUAUCGUUUGCGUAGCGUCGUAUAUGAGCGAAAGGCUAACAGCCAGACUGUUACCUUUAUACCCUACCCUUAUUCACUGUUGUAUACUCUGUACUGCCAAUAAACAGCAUACUAACAGA